AUGUGUGCUGUUGUCGAUUUGACGUGUUGUUGGCAGAUGCAAGUUUUGCACGUUGCCAACCUGCAUUAUUGCAUCAUCCUGUCGGCUCGGCACUCCUCUGCCUGCCUCUUGCCCUCUGAGCAUGCGUUGCUGGGCGUCCUCUUGUCUGCUUGUCUGCUAGUCCACGGCAUGUGCAGGCUGAUGCCGUCCAUCCAUCCAUUUGCCCGCCUGUGCAUCAGUCUGUGCAUCGCAGUUGCUACCGGGUUGAGUUGUCUUUUGGCAGAUUGGCGCGCUCUCGAGCCUCGCAACUUCAAUGGCGUCGGGUUCGACCCGCCAUUGCGUAGCAACUCAGGCCGACCUCUUGCCAUCCUCCCCCUGUUGCCAACGCACCACAAGUCUGCCUGUACGCCGAGAGACGGUUCAGUACAGAUCGGGCAUAAGACACUCGUCGUGGUGGUCUCAGAGUCUGCUGAAUCGCGUCUCUGUGCCUCAUCACUUUGUCGUCAGGUGGUCCGGCGCCAUUGCAGACGCCGUUGCUCAGCCCAUCCGUCUGUGAAGGGGUGGAGGGCGGAGGGCGAAGAGGUACCGGUCUACGAGGCAGACGUCUCCCAGACGCCGCCCUCCUCUCCACCACCGCUCCUCUCGUCUCCUGCCGCCCUAUCAACACAGCUCGCCAGCUUGUCUCAUCGUCAUUGGCCCAGGCCGACUGCUGCCGGCAUCGAUGCCUUUGCAGAAGUCACUCGAUCCGGCGGUCCGACGACACCCGGUCGU